AUGAUUAAUACAAAUGGCAACAGCAGUAUUACGGCCCAUCAUGUCCGAUCUUGGAUCUCCAGUGUCUCCCCUUGUCUCUCCCCCAAACACGAUAUUCAAGACCAGGAUUUCGAUUUCCGAUACGACGAAUACGACGAUCAAAUGGAGUCGCCUCAAACCUCUCGGUCAAUCCAAUCAAAGAAGUCACUGACGGAUUUACAGCUGAGGAUUCACCUCGAUGAAAAUGGGUUGAUUAUCGACAACGCUGGAGCACAAAUUCCCGAUGAAAUCAGGCCAUUAGUUAAUACUAUUUUGGCCCGCGGACAAGAUCCUCUCAGCAACCAAGACCAUGUCAAUAUCCGAAAGAUGCUCCUUAAAUUUUGGAAUGACAAUGAGGAUACAGCACUUCCUUCAAUUCUUUUAUCCCCGCUGCUUGCCGUCAAUCAUGAGGACAUUAAAGUGUGUAACAACAGGCUCUGGUCUUCAGCGCCAGUCCCGAGAAGUCGGAUUUGGCCUACUCCAAUCAUUACUCCAAAGACGGAUGUUCAUUACGGCUUCUGUCGUGAAAUCUUUUCUAAGGCGGAGAAAGUCUUCAUCUUCCACCCCGAUAAUGAUCCAUACUGCGUUCCUACUGGUGUUGAUAUUUUCCCAUCAUUCCUGGUCGAAGCCAAGUCAGAAGCCUGCCAAGGUACGAUCUAUAAGGCAGAAAGCCAGCUAGCCGUUGCUGGUGCCCACCGAGGUAAUUCAAUGCGCCACCUCAUGGAAAUGGGCCCUCCAAAUAUGAACUUCCAAACAUUGGAUUCAGUCGUGUUCUCUUUGGCCUUAUCACCACGCUUAGCGGUCUCAUAUGUUCACUUUCAUAUUCCGGGUACCGAAAAAUAUCACAUGUCCUUUCUUGACUCAUAUUAUCUCAUCAAGGACGAGGACCAGUCAAAGUGCCGCCAGUACCUCGAUAAAGUGAUAAAUUGGAUGACAAACGAACAGGAGAAACGAAUGAAGAAAAUCUUGGGAGACAUCAUUGAAUUCCAGGAGCAGGAGAGUGCGCGCAAAAGGAUUCGUCUUGAUGUGGCACAUAAUAAGUACCAAGAUCUUAAUGUGAAGCAACUCCAUGACCAGCUUAAAGCAAGAGGAAUCCCUGCACCAAAGAGCCAUGUGAAGAAAGACAGGCUGAUUCGUUUGCUGGAAGACGCCGAUAGCUCGCAGUGA